AUGGCCAUACCAAUAAUAGGCAAGGUGGUGAUGGUAGCUCUCGUUCUCUGGGUGGUGGGUGGUAUGACAGCUGUGAUUAUACUCGUAAUAAACGACGAUACCACUGAUAGUACCACUACCCCAAAUCCCAUUACCGUCCCUCAAACCACCAGUGAUUAUGGGCCAGAUUACUUCCAAGUGGGAGUUGGUAUAGCAGACAUGACAGGACCAUGUGUGGAAAUUAAUUUUAUGGGCUACGCCGAUCUAGGCCAGGCGGGAGCUGGCUUACACACUCGGCAGUUCUCUCGCGCGUUUAUAUUCGUAAAGGGAAAUACUAGAGUUGUGUUAGUGACUGCUGAAGUAAUAUCUAUCGGCAUCGCAGUUCGGCGUGAGGUAGUGAAAAAACUUCAACAUUUAUAUGGAGACAUGUACAGUCUUCAAAAUGUGAUAAUCACAGGAACGCACACACACAGCGCACCAGGCGGCCAUCUUGUUGACUUCAUUCUAGAUAUUUCCAUUCUAGGCUUUUCUACAGAGACCUACAAUGCCUAUGUGGAAGGUAUAACUAGGAGCAUCAUCCGCGCGCACGAGAACAUGUCACCAGCGCGGCUGUACACAGCAAGUACGCGUGUGUGGCACGCACACAUGAACAGAUCGCCCUAUUCGUAUAUGUAUAACCCGGAAGAAGAAAGGAGUAGAUAUGACACAAACACAGACAACGAAUUAACCCAAGUCCGCAUAGUCAAACCUGAUGGUAGCCUCCAUGGGGUGCUGAACUGGUUCGCGGUACACACCACCAGCAUGAACAUGACCAAUAAAUUGGUCUCUUCUGAUAACCUUGGGUACGCCGCUAUGAGGCUGGAGACGGAAUUGAACCCGGGACGGCCAGUUGGCAAGCCAGCCAUAGUGGCCGGUUUCUUGUCAGCGAGUCUUGGCGACGUGUCGCCCAACACGCGCGGCGCUCGCUGCGAGUUCAGCGGCAGAGAGUGCGACAACCAGUUCCUGCUCUGUGAGGCCAGGGAGCUUUGCUUCUCCAUGGGCCCUGGGGAGGACAUGUUCCAGAGCACCGAGAUCAUUGGGACCAGGGUGUUCCAGGCCGCUCUGGAAGUACUAAACUCUGAAGCGGAAGAGUUAGUGGGGGAGCUGGCCGUAGUGCAUCAGUUUGUUGAAAUGUCUGAAGAAACUGUGCCCAAGUAUGAUCCUGUCUCACGCACUUUUAACGCGAGUAACCCUGUAAAAGGCUGUGUGCCUAGCUUGGGAUACAGUUUCGCGUCAGGCACAAUAGAUGGCGCUAACUUACUUAAUAUCACGCAGGGCACAGUAAACAACAAUCCACUACUAGACCUCAUAACUGACAUAGUAGCAAGACCCACUGCGGAAGACAUCGAGUGCCACGCCCCCAAACCUAUACUACUUGCUACUGGGAGGGCUAACUUCCCACUCCCUUGGCACCCUCACAGAGUGUCCAUAUCCCUUAUAUGGCUAGGGAACCUUGCUAUCGCGGGAAUUCCCGGGGAGCCCAGUACUAUGGCGGGGAGGAGGGUGAAGGAUGUGAUAGGAUCUGUGAUGGAGGACAGGGGAUUCGAGAGGAGGGUGGUCGUGUCCGCGCUGGCUAAUGAAUACAUACAUUAUGUGACCACUUUUGAGGAGUAUCAGGUACAAAGGUACGAGGCAGCGUCAGUAAUAUACGGCCCCCACACUCUGGACAUAUUCCUCAACAAGUUUAGAGAGUUCACCGCUGUUGCUAUUGAGGGUGGACACUUGCCCCCGGGGCCAGAACCUAUCGAUUUCCGGAACAACACGAUAUCGCUGAUCGGGCCCGUGAUCAUGGACACUGCCCCAUUUGGGACGAACUUCGGAGACGUUCUCCAACAGCCCCCGGAUACAGUGGCUCCCGGGGACGUUGUUAGCGCUAGUUUUGUCGCAGCAAACCCCCGGAACGACUUGCUCCAAGAGUCGAGUCACGCGGCAGUUGAGCGACUUGAGCUGGGCCACUGGGUCACCGUGGCUUCCGACGCCGACUGGACUACUAAAUUUAAAUGGAAACGCGAGUCAACUAUACUAGGCACCAGUACGGCAUCAUUCGAAUGGAACAUCCCGCUCAGUUCCAUUCCCUCCAACCUCCCGCACAGGAUCGUGUAUAGAGGAACGGCCAGGAGGGUGACGGGCGUAAUGAGGAGCUUCCAAGGAGCCACUGGGAACUUCACUAUUGGAUAUAGAAUAAACGUUUAG